GCGUCCCUCAAAACACAAAAAAACAUGGACAGAAGAAAUUCUUAUCUUACCUGCAAAUGCCAUUAACGGGGUCUCCCGUAAGCAGCAGCUCCCGUUAUCGCCUGGUGACUGGUGACCGGUAACUUUGUCGUUCGAUCGUUUCAUCCAGUUCGUCCAUCCCAGCAGCAGCAGCAUAGGCCAUCCAUUUCCUCUCAUCCGGUUUGCAAGUACCAGGUCGUCCCUGUCGUUUGAAGGCGAAGAAGUGCAACUAUUUAGAAAAACAAAACUAGGCGCGCUCGCAGUCUCGUGCGAAUCGUGAUCCACUGUGUGUUUAGUGGUGUUGUGGAUUACUGAUCUUACUCGGCAAGUGAAGUGUGUUGAUUGGUGUGUUUUUUUGUGCGCGUAAUUCUGAACCUGAAGAUCAUCAUCUUCAUUAGGGAUACGCAACACAACCGAGUAACGAGGCUGCAGUGCGAAACGGGUCUGGCCUGCUUUGAUUGAUGUGAAGCCAAACCGAGGGCUGUCAUUUGAUCUGUUAUUUGCGUGAAAUCGACCAGAAGAAGCUGUGGUGGGUCGCCAUUGCGCCAAGUGAAUCGUAAUCGAGUUUGAAUAGGCAUACAGGUGGGGGGGGAUAAAUAAAUAGAUCACUGAUUCUUUAACAAAAAAGAAGUAUCGGUGAGUACUUUUUCAGGGUGGGGAUCCCUAAGAGGGUAGCCCAUAAUUACCACCAUAAGGCGCUAGUUAAAAGCUCAAGCUUCCGUGCCGGUUUAAGUUGCUGCUUCCGGUGCAAGUAUCUUGCUUGCGUGUGCAAGUUUUUCGUUGUGUAGCGUGAGCUCGGAAAUAGGGAAAAACUCACUCGGUGUAUUUAAUCGUCCCCGUUUUUUAAUGGCGCCCGUGGAAUGUUCAACGCAGUGUGUUUUUGUGCUUAAUUAAAUAUUAUCUUCAAGAACGGGUGCAAAACGAAAAAAAAAACAAGCUCGAAGAAAUAGCCGUGUGUCCCGAGCGAGUUGUGGUGCGAGAAGAAUCGUUUUCAUUGAAGUUUUCCCCGCGGAAGAAAGUGCUUUGCUGUGUGUCCGACAACAACGGAAAUCAUCGAUAGGAAAGCCAUCACCGUCCAGUGUGUCCGUCGUCGUGGUCCCGGUCGGAGGACCGUCCGAGAAGACUUCAAUCAUCAUCCGCUUGUUAGGUUUGGUGACGUUCCCCCUGUAUUUUUUCCGGUUCGGCGAAAAUAGAAUCGGCAGCGCGACACAGCCAGUGAGACGGAGGACGGGAGGAAUAAAACGAAAGCUUCAACCGUCCGGACGAUCGCGGGCGCAAAUCGGAUCAGCGAAAUUGGAAUGUCAUUGAAGAAAGAAACCCUUUCGGACGUACAGCUACACCUGGCUGCCCUGCGUGGUGACGAAAUGUUGCUGAGACGAGUGCUGGACAGUGGCAAGGUGCACGUGGACUGCCGUGAUGAGGACUAUACCACACCGCUCAUCCUGGCUGCUGCCGGUGGACAUACAGCUUGCGUCAUCGAGCUGCUGGAGCAGGGUGCCGAUCCGAAUGCCCGUCGCGUGACCGGUACGACGGCGCUAUUCUUCGCUGCACAGGGUGGCUUCGUCGAUGUUGCUAGGAUACUGCUCAAGGCGGGAGCACCGGUCGACUGUUCGUCCGUGGACGGCGGUACGCCACUGUUCGUUGCCUGCCAGGGUGGCCACGAAGCCAUGGUGAGCGAGCUGUUAAGCCACGGUGCCAACGUGCACGCCUGCAUGAAGGAUCGAGCUACACCAUUGUUCAUAGCGGCACAGAAUGGGCACAGUUUGGUGUUGAAGCUGUUGCUAGCGGCCGGUGCGAACCCAGAUGCACCGAGGAAUGAUGGCGCUACACCGCUGUGGAUCGCGGCACAGAUGGGACACGAUCAUGUCGUCAAGAUAUUGCUGCAUAAUGGAGCGGUGGUCGAUGCGGUGCGAUGUGACGGAGCAACUGCCCUCUUCAAGGCGGCCCACAAAGGACACAGUGCCGUCGUGCACGAACUGCUCAAAUUUCGACCCAAUCUUGGCACGCUGGCCAACGGUGAAACAGCCCUCCACGCCGCAGUCAUGUUCGGACAUCUGCCGAUCGUGAAGCAACUGGUAGCAGCCGGUUCCGACUGUACCGUCCCCAACCAGGACGGGUAUACACCGCUCCAGAUUGCUCGACAGCAAAAGUUCGCCUCCGUUCAUCAGUAUCUGAAGGAACGCGAGCAAACGCAGCAUGCUGGAGCAGGAACUCCAAAGCGUACGGUUUCAUCGAACCAAAGCAAACCAUCCAAAGGAUCACCGGCAUCCGUAGCUAUUACCGGCUAAAGCUACUCAAUCCGCUUGCCGCUAAAAACUCCAGAUUCCUUCCAGUUUGUUUUGUUAUUUAAUCUUUUAAUCGAACAAUCUUAAUCAUUAUUUAGUAAGACCCGUAGUCGAUAGGAUCGUUCCAAUGUGUGGUUGUGUCUUCUCAAAAGGCUCUAAAAUAGCAUCGAUGUGCUCAAAAUUAAUACGUAACAAAAAUUGAAGUCUUAUAGAAAUCAAGUUAAAGGAUCAUGCCCCAGCUCGAUCACUUCUUCAGGAACAACGCACAAAGUUCGGUUUUGACCGAUAACGCUUUGCAACAAUUCUAUUUCGAGCGCCCAAACUCCUCCAUGAACAAUCCAUCACAAUCACUUGCGGUUUCUAGGAUGUUCCGCGUUAUUGCCACCGCUCUAUGAAUCUAAGCUGAAGAGACUAAAUAUUUUCUGACCCCAAAACGGAUGCGAUCGGCAAGCCAAAGUUAGAUAGCUAUAAAGAUAGACAGGCGGCUACCUAUAGGGCCGGGCCCAGGAUCAAAAGAACGGCGCACACUCACACACAGGACCAGUGCGGAAGUAAGUGCACUCUGUUAUUGACACAUCCACCCUUUACCGUACCGCAAUCCACCCUCCGCGCUCCAAACUUCGGACAUACUUGUACUGCCGGGUAGGACGACCGCAAAAGUCGCGAAACCUUUCCCCUGAUGGUGACGGUGGUUCCCUGGUUUCGGUGGACCGCCCGCCGUGAGUGAGAUUGAAAUCGAACAUCAGGAACGGAACAACCACUUCAAUGAAAAUGUCCGGCGUACCCGGGUUCGCGAAAGAUGACACGGGCUUUGGGCGCACAACACAAGGCACACAAAAAAAAACGCCAACCCAGUUAUUGCCCAGGUUCCAAUGCCCAUCAUCAUCAUCAUCAUCGUCGUGGCUCGUGUCCGACCACCAACGGUGCUGGGAAAAUGGAAAACUUCCACAACCACACGUGAGUGUGGGAUACCAUCCCCAUCACUCGUCGUUGUCGUUCGCGCCCAACGGGUACGGAUAUUGCGCAUUGCAGACAGUACUGGUAGCAGGAUACCGGCGCAUUCUUCACCUGACUGCGUUACCCACCCAUUGAUUUGUGCUCUGAACGCGCCAACCAGGACAACAGUUUUGUGUGGCUAGCAGCCGUAAGGUUAAAGCGCGUAAUGAAAGUGUUAAUGACUGGACUGAAGGAAAGGCGCACAGGCGAUUUCCUUCCUGGUUUGGGACGCGCUACGAUAUUGCUGUCCUCGCUAAGCCUUUUCUUCGUGCAACAAUACCGAGACAAUGGUGUGUGACCGAAUGGAUCUUUUUAUUAGUGCAGUGAUGCUGCUAGAAACUUGUUGCGUCCUGGACACUCGUUUCGAGAAUAAACGUUCACGCAUCCGAA